AUUGUGUUUCAAUAAAACAUAUAACGUACUAACAAUGGAAGUAUUUGCGGGAGAACCACCGAAGGGCGAAGAGGAUCUUUCGAAGUAUAUGCUAGAUGAUCUACAGUUGGCAGCUGAAUUGGGUAAAACACUAUUGGAGCGCAACAAGGAGUUGGAAACUUUGCUGAAGGAGCACAAAAGUACAAUUGAGGAACAAGAACAAGAAAUUGUGUAUUUGAAGAAGCACACAACCGCUUUGCGUGAGGUCAACGAUUCCCGCCUUAAAGUUUACGAGCAAUUAGAAGUGGGCAUUCAAGAUUUAGAACGUGCCAAUCAUCGUUUACUUAUCGAAAAUACCAGCGAUAAAAAGCACAUUAAAACCCUUGUGCAUAAUGUUGAAACUCUCGAGUCCCGUUGUGAUGAGCUCACGAAAAUUCUUGAAGAAGCGCGACAAUCUCUGUCCAUGGAACGGCGUAAAGUUGAAAGGCUAAUGGAAGAAAAGAGAAAUGCUGGUGCCGAUAAUACAAAUGUAAUUUUCAAACCUAAAGAAAUUAAUAUGCAAUCCACAAAUGUCCAUGAUAGUUCAAUAGAUACGGUUUUUGAGCCAAAUACGAGUACAGUAGAACAGCAGUGUAGCUUCUUAUUUCAGUCGUCAUCUGAUACCAACUCAACUAGCAUUACAGAAAAUAUCAAUGAUAUAACUGCACUGAGCUUGAUUUGUGGUAAUGGUGAUGAAAAUGAGGAAAUUAUUAAGAUUGUAAAUGAUCUGGAAUCAACAAAGAAAGCGUUUAUCAGCGAACAACAACGAUGUACGGAGUUGGAAGAACAAUUAGUAGCCAUAAUUCAAGAGAAUCAAACUCUACAAAGUCGCAUUGCUCAAACAAACUCAAAUGAGGAAAUGAAAUCAAUGCAUGAAGAAUUGUCCAUAUUGGACGAAGUGCGACAAGGCCAAAUGUGUAGCCGUUGCUUGCGUAGUGUUGAAGAUCGUCUGACGGUGAACGAUGAACAAUCUUCCAUAGCGCCUACCGAGGAGGGUGAAGAACACGAGGAGCGUAGUUUACUAGAAUUAGAGGAUGCUAAUUGUGACGAAAAUGCUAGUGAACAAUCACAGGUUGCUUACAGACCGAACGUAUCAAUUAAGAUUUCAUCACGUAUACCAGACUCACUGGACUUAGAUACGCCAGCCAGUCCGAACCCGUAUCGUGAUUUGGUUGAAAAAUACGAAGCUUUGCUGGAAGUGCAACGCUCCUCAAUAGCGCGUAAGAGUAGCAAUGGCAUGUCACUGGUCGAGGAGUUCCAGUCAUCCGGUGAAUUCAAUCAAACGCAAAAAUUAAUGCUACAAGCCGCUGUAGCAGCUGCAGCUUCCACCAAUGGUGAUGCAGCCAGCAGUUGCAAUGGUAGCACAACAAACGAUAAAUCCGGUAGUAAGUCAGCGCGUGGUCGUACACCUACUGAAUUCUCUGAAGCCGAAACUUCUUCUUCGGGCUAUUCCGAUGAAACGAGUAAUAAAUGUACACAAACUGAUGAUAGGCCUGGUUACUUUUUGUGUUCCAUUGGUGAUGGCGAAGAUUGCAAAUUUAGUAUUUAUGACGAUGCCAGUCCCAUUGAUUCCCGCUUCCGUAAUAGACCUGAAUAUCGUGAAUUGUUUAAGGAAAUUUUCGCUGUUUUAAAGAAGGCCGCUGAAAAUAAAGAAGAAGGCGAUAAAUUACCAUUGCUCGAUGAUACGCAUCCAACCGCAACUGGCGCUGUGGCUAAGGUGCCACCAGUAACGCCCGCAAAUGAAGAGUUGCCAGUUGAUUUUGGUGAUGAUACACAGAGCAUUAUUUCAUCUGCUGUCUCGGAACAGUCAUUUGCCAUGUCUGAAUGCAUCACAAAAUUGGAACGAAAAACUGCCAAAAAACAUAUAAUUGAGAAGAAUCAAGAAAACAAACCGCCAACAGUGAGCACAUCCAUUUCACAACUGGCCAAUGCGCCCAGUGUUAAGCAAAUUGUAGAGAAUGGACGUGUGCUGACACCGCUCAAGCGUGAACCGCUCGAAUAUUUAUCUGUCGUUGUGGGCGUUAAAAAGAAGAGUCGCAAAAAGAAUCGUAAUUAUGGAAACGAUCGUUCUGAUUCACCAAUCGCUUUGCCAUCACCGCCACGCAUCUUUGUGGCCAGCGGUAGAAAACGUAAGGAUGUACGUCCUUUUGUUGAAUCUCCUAUUGCCACAACGCCGGAACAAAGCGGUACACAAUCCAAACAUCAACGUGGCAGCAAUACGACAAGAUAUGAAUGGAAUGGCAGCUCAAUGGUGAUUUACAAUCGUAAUAUGAAUUCACCACAGUGCGCUAGCUUGCGUGGACGUGAACUCGAUAUGAACGGUAUUGAAUAUCGUCCCAGCACAGUUUCGCAAGAUUUACAUAAGCUCAAAAAACUAGAUCUAUCCUAUGCGGAAGUCCUACGACGCGCAGACGCCUGCAAGCAUCAUCAUGUCCAGCAACGACAACGACGACAUCAUCACUAGAACUUUAACUGUGAGUUUAGGAUGAUGUAGUUAGACUCUAAGUAGGCGCGUUUAUAUUUUCCCACCCACUUUAGUUCAAUAUGUAUGACGCUGCUCUAAUAAUGUAUCUGUAACCUAUAAACGUACUACUAGUUUUUUUUUAGUAAUUUUCAAUUUGAAUUUUAUUUCUGUGAAUAUUGAAGCUUUCCAUGAAGUUUUUAUCUUUUUUUUUUUAAUUUUAUUUGCAUUUUUAAGAAAAUUAUUGAGCGAAGCAAAACUGAACUUGAGUUUCAAAAACGAACUAAAUCUGUGCAUUUUUAAAAUAUUUAUAAUUUUAUUGCCUUUUUUAACUAAGUAGUAGGCGUGGUUUGGCGUUUAAUGCACAAAUCACAAAUAUUGAAUAUUUUUCUAAAGUAAAAUAAUUCAUUUGUAAUUCAUUUUUUAAGUACUCGUAAUUGUAUAUAGUAAAAUAAUAUAUUUUUAAAGUUUUAAAUUGUAUUAUUAAUUAAUAUUCA